AUGCCUGGUCGGAAACUUGCUCCUCGUCAAAACGUUGAGUUCCCCACUCUUGAUGGCCUCAAAAUUCGCGGAUGGCUCUUUCCGGCACAGAGUUAUGGCCCAGCUGUCAUUAUCACACCUGGGUUUAACUGUGUCAAAGAGAUGUUCGUCUCAGAAGUAGCAGAGUCAUUCCAGCAGUCCGACGUCACUGCAUUAGUUUACGAUCCUCGCGCGCUGGGCGAGAGCGACGGUCUGCCCCGCAACAACAUAGAUCCAUUAGCCCAAGUUGCGGACUACUCCGAUGCUCUCACGUUCCUUAAGACACAGUCAAUCAUCGACCCAACGAAUAUCUCGUUCUGGGGGAUGUCCUUCUCUGCCCUUGUGGCGCUCAACACGGCAGCCCUAGACAAGAGAGCCAGAUGUUGCAUUGCCGUAUGCCCGUUGACUAGCAUGCAACCCGAACCUGACAUGCUUCCCAAAGUCCUUGCUAGAUGCAUGCAGGACCGAGAGUCACAGGUGGUCGGCAAUCCGCCAGUUACCAUUUCUGUCCUGACGGAACAGGGGCGGAAUCCCGCCGGCAUGGGAAUUGGCGCCGACAAAAUGGAAUACGACUACAUGGUAAAUGCCAAGUUCAGAGGAGCCCCAAAUUACGAGAAUCGGACAACUCUACAGAGUUACUAUAAGAUGAUGGCUUGGCAGCCCUUCGAGAUCAUGAAGUACCUUUCGAAGACAAGAGUGCUCAUGAUCAUCCCGGAAAAGGACACCAUUUCACCCGCUAAUAAACAGCAGGCGUUGUUCGACGGCUUCCCGGAGCCGAAGACGGCCCACGUGGCCAAAGGGAAAGGUCAUCUUGACGUUCUGAGCGGAGCAGACUACGAGAUAUUGGCGGAUAUGCAAGCGAACUUUAUAAAAGGCCUACAGUGCAAAUGA